AAUCAACCAAACAAACAUAAGAAGUAGAUCCUUGUGUGUGUCUCAUCGGGCUGCUUUUUAAUAAUCAGGUAGUAAUGAAGCCACCAUUAUGUCCUCAGCCAGUGAAGUAAAUGUGGACAUCAGAGAUUUCCUAAUGAGCAUCAAUUUGGAGCAGUACCUGUUACAUUUCCGGGAAUUUGGCUUUUAUACUGUGAAGGACUGCGCGUCGAUAAAUGAUAGUGUGCUACACCAAAUUGGAAUCUCACCUACGGGACACCGUAGGAGGAUACUUAAACAGUUACAAAUGAUCUUUUCAAAAAUGCAAGACAUCCCAAUAUAUGCAAAUGUUCACAAAGCAAAGAAUGGCAACACCUCAGAAAAGCGUCAGGAUCCUCCGUCUUCCGGCAACAGCACCUGCGUAGAAUUUUCUGAUUGCAUUAGUGUUCACAGACCUGGCCUGACACCGGUGGAGACUGUUACAAUGAGUACGUUUGGUGUGGGAAAUUGCCACUCUCCUAUAUCACAUGAUAAGCUACGUCUUCCUCGGGGAGAAGAGCUACCCCAGAAUGUGGACUCCUCGCAAGACUCUUUACUUGGUAGUGUAAAUGUUACAACAGAUUCUUUGAGUACCCAGAAGGCAGGGGAUUGUACACCUGGAGAAGAACAAACAGAAAAAGUCAGCUUGAUAUCAGAGAAUUCCAGAGUGGCUCUUAGCACAAACUGUGACUCUCUUCCCCCUGUGGACUAUCCAAGAUCGGAAACACAUUCUGGAAGUGGCACCAAUGGCUCAUUAGAAAGCUCCCCAGCAUCCCUGUUCUUCCAGUUUCAAGGAGAGAUGGUUGUGAAUGAUCUGUAUGUUCCCUCAUCGCCGGCCCACACACCCAUGAGAAGCCGGAGCAAGUUGGUUUCUAGGCCUUCUCGAUCAUUUCUGCUGAGACAUCGACCUGUACCAGAGAUCCCGGGGUCAACAAAAGCAAUUUCUGGGAGCUAUUUCCGUGACAGGAGAAGUGCUACUACCUCAUCUGGAAAACCUUUGACGUUGAAAAAUUCAAAUGAGGAUAAUUCAACUUCCAUCUUUCCAUAUGGAGAGACAUUUCUCUUCCAGAGACUAGAAAGUUCCAAGAAGAAGUCUAUAAAGAAUGAGUUUUGGGCCCAUGAAGAAACAGACAAAGAGGAUGCAGGCACUGCAAAGAACUCCAUCUCAGCCAAAUCAAGCAUAUACAAUAACAGCAAGGAGAAAGUGAGUGAAGACAAAGCAGAAGACAUUUGGAUACCCCGAGAGGAUAAAAAUAACCUCCCAAAGGACUCUGCUUCUGAGUCAGAGUACUCAACAGUAGAGGAGUGCUUCCAGAGUUUAAGAAGAAAAAACUCAAAGGCAUCUAAGUCUAGGACUCAGAAAGCCUUCUACCUGGACCCUUUUAACAGGCACAGUUAUCCUUUAAGCUCCACAAGUGGGAAUACUGAUUCUUCGACCAUCUCAAAUGCCAUCUCUCCCUAUGCCUGCUUCUAUGGGUCUUCUGCAGCGAAGGUCAAAUCCGGAUGGCUGGACAAACUGUCUCCUCAAGGAAAACGCAUGUUUCAGAAGAGAUGGGUGAAAUUUGAUGGCCUUAGCAUUUCUUACUACAACAAUGAAAGAGAGAUGUACUCAAAAGGAAUAAUCCCCAUCACUGCAAUAUCCACAGUACGGGCUCAAGGAGACAACAAAUUUGAAAUUGUCACUACACAAAGAACUUUUGUUUUUAGAGUAGAAAAAGAAGAAGAGAGAAAUGAUUGGAUCAGCGUAUUAUUAAGUGCACUGAAGUCACCAUCCCUCACUGCACAGUUGCAAGCAGCUAUGGCACCCGAGAAAUGUGGAUAUCUUGAAUUGAGAGGCUAUAAAGCCAAAAUUUUUACUGUGUUGAGGGGAAACAGCGUGUGGCUUUGCAAAAAUGAGCAGGAUUUUAAGAGUGGACUCGGCAUUACCAUAAUUCCUAUGAAUGUUGCAAAUGUAAAACAAGUAGAUCGAGCUGUGAAGCAAUCUUUUGAGAUAAUCACUCCCUAUAGGAGUUUCAGCUUUACAGCGGAGUCUGAAAAAGAGAGGCAGGACUGGAUUGAAGCUGUGCAGCAGUCAAUCGCAGAAACUCUCUCUGAUUAUGAAGUAGCAGAGAAGAUUUGGUUCAAUGAAUCCAACAGGAGCUGUGCAGACUGCAAAGCCCCAGACCCUGACUGGGCAUCCAUCAAUCUCUGCGUUGUCAUUUGUAAGAAGUGUGCAGGACAACAUAGAUCAUUGGGUCCAAAAGACUCUAAGGUUAGAAGUCUGAAAAUGGAUGCCAGUAUUUGGAGUAAUGAGCUCAUUGAGCUAUUUAUUGUUAUUGGAAACAAGAGAGCAAACGACUUUUGGGCUGGUAACCUUCAAAAAGAUGAAGAAUUACACAUGGACUCACCAGUCGAAAAGAGAAAAACCUUUAUUACCCAGAAAUACAAAGAAGGAAAAUUCAGAAAGACUCUCUUAGCAUCUCUGACCAAAGAAGAGUUAAAUAAGGCUCUGUGUGCGGCGGUUGUAAAGCCAGAUGUGCUGGAAACGAUGGCCCUGCUUUUCAGUGGAGCAGAUGUCAUGUGUGCAACAGGAGACCCCGUGCACAGUACGCCCUACCUGCUGGCCAAGAAGGCCGGGCAGAGUCUGCAGAUGGAAUUUCUCUACCACAACAAGUUCUCAGACUUCCCCCAGCACGAGGUCCAUUCUGAGGGUGGGUCAAGUCAGGAGGCUGCCCACUCCACCUUCCUCUGUGACUUCUUAUACCACGCUCCUGCGGCUGCUUCCCGGGUCUCUACAGAGAAAAAGCUUCUUGAAGAGACAAAUAAAAAGUGGUGUGUUUUGGAAGGCGGCUUCUUGAGUUACUAUGAAAAUGACAAGUGUACCACGCCUAAUGGCACCAUUAACAUCAGUGAAGUUAUCUGCCUGGCUGUCCAUAAGGAGGACUUCUAUUUGAAUACUGGGCCGAUCUUUAUCUUUGAGAUCUACUUACCCUCAGAACGUGUCUUUUUGUUCGGAGCUGAAACAUCUCAGAUUCAAAGAAAAUGGGCUGAGACCAUAGCCAAGCAUUUUGUUCCCUUUGUUGCUGAAAACUUAACAGAAGCUGACUAUGAUUUGAUUGGUCAACUCUUCUACAAAGACUGCCAUGCCCUGGACCAGUGGAGAAAAGGCUGGUUUGCUAUGGACAAGUCUAGUUUGUGUUUUUGCCUUCAAACACAAGAAGCUCAGGAAGAGAGAAUGCACCUAAGAAGACUACAGGAGCUAACAAUCAGCACAAUGGUUCAAAAUGGAGAAAAAUUAGAUGUGUUACUCUUAGUAGAAAAAGGGAGAACGCUGUACAUCCACGGGCACACCAAGUUGGAUUUCACAGUCUGGCACACUGCGAUCGAGAAAGCAGCAGGUACAGAUGGCAACGCAUUACAAGACCAACAGCUCUGCAAAAAUGACGUGCCCAUUAUUGUGAACAGGUGCAUAGCAUUUGUUACGCAGUAUGGGUUAGGUUGUAAACACAUUUAUCAAAAGAACGGUGAUCCUUCACACGUAAGUGAACUCCUGGAGAGUUUUAAAAAGGAUGCGAGGAGUGUUAAGUUGCGAGCCGGAAAGCAUCAACUUGAAGAUGUGACGAGCGUGCUGAAGAGUUUCCUGUCUGACAUCGAUGAUGCUCUUCUCACGAAGGAGCUCUAUCCAUACUGGGUCUCCACAUUAGAUACACAAGAUGAAAAGGAAAGAACUGAGAAAUACAGAGCAUUCAUCCGCACUCUUCCGGGGGUCAACAGAGCGACUCUGGCAGCUAUAAUUGAACACCUUUACAGGGUUCAGAAAUGCUCGGAAAUCAAUCACAUGCAUGCUCAUAACUUGGCAUUGGUCUUUUCAUCCUGCUUAUUUCAAACUAAGGGGCAAACUAGUGAAGAAGUCAGUGUCAUUGAAGAUCUAAUUAAUAAUUAUGUUGAAAUAUUUGAGGUUAAAGAAGACCAAGUCAAACAAAUGGACAUAGAGAAUAGCUUUAUAACCAAGUGGAAAGACACUCAAGUGUCCCAGGCUGGAGACUUGUUAAUUGAAGUAUACGUAGAAAGGAAGGAACCUGACUGUAGCAUUAUAAUUCGGAUAUCUCCUGUAAUGGAAGCUGAAGAGUUAACUAAUGAUAUAUUAGCAAUAAAAAAUAUUGUUCCUACUAAAGGUGAUAUUUGGGCUACUUUUGAAGUCAUUGAAAAUGAAGAGCUAGAGCGUCCUCUUCACUACACAGAGAAUGUGUUGGAGCAGGUGCUUCAGUGGAGUUCAUUAGCUGAACCUGGUUCUGCUUAUCUUGUGGUGAAGAGAUUCUUAACCGUUGACACAAUUAAACACUGCAGAGAGAAAAGUUUCAAGGAAGGUGCCUUAAAACUCAAAGAAGAACCAUCUAAAAUACUGUCUGGGAACAAGUUUCAAGAUCGCUAUGUUGUUUUACGAGAUGGACAUCUCUUUCUUUACAAGGACCCGAAGAGCAGCAAACACGACAAGAUGUUUUCUCUCAGCCUGAUGAAGUUUUACCUUGGUGUGAAAAAGAAAAUGAAGCCACCAACCAGUUGGGGAUUGACUGCGUAUUCUGAAAAGCACCACUGGCACCUGUGUUGUGACAGUUUACAAGCCCAGAUGGAGUGGAUGGCCAGUAUCUUUAUUGCCCAGCACGAGAAUGAUAUAUGGCCACCAGCUGGAAAAGAACGAAAGCGUUCAAUAACCAAAAAUCCCAAGAUUGGAGGCUUACCUCUGAUUCCCAUCCAACAUGAGAGGGGUACAACCCAGGCCCGGAAGAAUAUUGAGAGUGCAAGAGCAGAACUGGAACGGCUGCGGCUGGGUGAAACGCGUGACCGAGACUUCACGGACCCCAGCCUGAAAGACAGAGCCUCCCUCAUAGCCCAGUGCUUGGAGCACAAAGACGACAAACUUCGGAAUCGUGCCAGGAAACACCGCAGUUUCAACUGCUUGGAGGACACAGAGGCGGAGGUCCCACCCAGCCUACCAAGGGGCUGUAAAGGCCCUAAGACCCUCAAGAAGACUGAGGACAGGAACAGCAAGACUGCCUUAGAACCCGAUCAUAAGCUGCCAUCAAAAGUCAUCGAGGAGCUUAGUGUGGUUCUGCAGAGGUCGAGAACCCUCCCAAAAGAGAUGCAGGAUGAACAGACAUCACAGAAAGAAAUAAAAUGAAUCACCACACGAGUUAUUAUUUUUUUUCUUAACGUUGUGUGCAAACCAGGAAUCAAACUGUAAUUCUUGAAGUCCUUUGUCUAGACAAAUUUCUCUGUAUUUAAGAAAUUUGUUCAUCUAUACCUAAGCAUUUAAAGGACAUUUUAAAAUAUGUAUAUAUGUGAUUAAGUAUAAGAUCAACUUUAUUUUGGUCUGGAAACUUGUAAAGUUCAAUUGUAUUAACUGUAAUAAGUCUUUGGGUUACUGUAAGUGGCCAGAUCUUUGAAAGUAAUUGUGUAAGUGGGGGUUAUUUAUGAGCAGAAAUCUGUACUGUAUUGUAAAAAAUGUUGUGUGUACAUGAAAGCCUUUGAAGUUGUAUCAUAUUUUGCACUUUGAAGAGGCUUGUAUAUUAAGUUGCCGUGUAUUUUUAGGUUUACAUAGCAUCCAUCUUAGGGAAAAGAAAGGGAAAUGAGUUCAAAAGGGAAAAGAUUACUGUAGUGCCUGUUCAACAAACAUUGGGAACAAAGGCAAGAAGUUAAGAAAAUAUUCCAUUGCCCAUGGAGGUGACCUCAGAUUCAUUCUCAUUCACCAAGAAACAAAACAUGUUAAAGAGAAACUGCUUGUUAGGAAAAAAUAAACCCUGGUGUCUUGAGUGUUUUCGACAAUAAUAUCCAGCCAGCCCGUCAGUGGUGGCACAGGUCACUGUCAUUUAUGAGAUCAGUAGACAAGCCCCAACACAUAUUCAGAGACAUUUUUCAGUGUCUACUUAGAGGAUCUGGCAUUGCACUGAAGAGUGUGUGCAUGGAUCCAGCCCAUAUGUUAUUUGCACAGUUGCUGCAUGCAGACAAUUCUUUAGGGCUCCCAACUGUGUUUAUGGUACGAACAAAAUUCAUCACCAUGGGAUUCAUUGCUAUUUUUCCUUUAUCCUGUUUCUGAUUGAAGAUGUUGCUUCGUUUUUACAAUGUAAGGUUGUAAGUCUUAACUUCUGCAUUGUCAGUAUCAACUGCCAGUGUGUAAUAUGUGGCCAUUUGAAGGAGCCAGUGGCUAAUUACGUAACACAUUUGCAGGCGGGCACUUCAUGUUCCAUUUAGCAUUUCCCCUACCUUUGGAAAUGACAUAUCCCUGUAUUUUUGUUGAGACAUAAUAAUCAGGUACAGACUUGAGAGUUUUCAUGAAUCAGACUACACUAGCAUCAAGGACAGCACUUUUUACUAAUUUUAUUUCCCAAGUUGAGUUGACGUGUUUUACAACUGCAGGUUAUAUAGCUGAUCUUUAUUCCUGGUGAGUCUGUGUCCUCUCCUGUAUUUGGGGUCUUUUCUAUGUGCUAAAUCCCUUGUUUCAGUCUCUCUCUCAUCAUAGGCAAGCAACAUGCUACGAAGUAAUAGAGCUGUCUUCAACUGAGAAAGGCUAACCUCUUUUAUUUGUUAGGGAUUACAGAGUUUACCAGGAGUAAGUGGUAUUUAUUCUUUAAAUCCAAAUAAAAUGUAAUUGAAAUAAAAAGUAGAACUGCGUGGCAGUUUUAUGAGCUGGUGGCACUACCGAGGAACCUCCUUUAAAACAAGAUAUUGUGUGGUUUGGGAAGGAAACUUAAUUUUAGUAAACUUAUUUCUAAUAAUGAUAUUUAUAUUUUUAUGAAAUAAAGAGACAUAUGGAAAUAAAUAUGAUUGGCCUUGUGGCAAAGUGUUGUGCGCUUAGACUUACCUUAAGGGAAUUUCUCCUGAAAGUUGGGCUUGAAAUCUGUCCACUUCUGUCUUUCCUUCUUUUCAUGAAUGAUUGUCUCUAUUUUCAAAAUGUAACGUAAGGGCUAAUGGUUACAUCUCACCGAUUUUGAGUAAAAAUUAAAAUAGUUUUGCAAGUCCACU